AUGCUGUAUUUUUAUCGCUUCCUUCUCCUCACUGCUACAUUUGCACUGUCUGCGAAUGCUCUGGCAAAUUUCACACAGCCAACUGAGAGCUACAAGUGGCCAAGCCAAUACGUGAGGACCGAUCAAGCAAACUUGCGGGUUUUUGUCCAAGGAAAUGGCCCAGCCGUUGUAUUGAUCCCAUCUUACGGUAGAGAUGGUGGGGAUGACUACAAUUAUUUCACCAAUGUCCUUGUUGACGCCGGAUAUCUGGUUCUUCGACCUCAGCCUCGGGGUGUCCUAGGAUCAACAGGACCAAUGACGAACGCCUCCCUCUAUGAUUUGGCAGCAGAUAUAGCCCAAGUCAUUGAUACCUUGGCCGGAGGACGGGCCAUCGUGAUUGGUCAUGCCUUUGGCACCUUCAUGGCAAAGGUUUGUUCUGUACUCUACCCAGAGAAAAUCCCGGCUAUCGUCGUGGCUGCACCAGGAGGAGUGACGAUUCCCGCAAACAUUGCUUCGAUGCCAUUCAUAGCAGGAAACACUUCUCUGCCACUCUCCCAAAGACUGAGCGCCUUACAAACUGCGUUUUUCGCCCCUGGACACGAUCCGCACAUCUGGCUCGAUGGAUGGUAUCCCGAGACUCUAGCUAUGGAGCGGGCAGCUAUCGAGGCAUAUGGUAGCUUGGUGCCUCACUGGGGUGGUGCAAAUACCACUCAAAUACUCGAAAUAAUCCCGGACGCCGACCCUUUUCAGCCAGAGGACGAGUGGAAUAUAACAUCCACUUGGUAUUCUGACCGAGCGACUUCAAUAGUCAUCAAUGAUGCUUCUCAUGCACUAUUCCCGGAACAGGGACAGGCCGUUGUGAAUGCUGUUCUGCCAUUUCUGAAGCUUCAGAUAGCAACUUCCUACUACUCUCUAGGCAAAGUAGUGAUUGAGUGGCUGAUUGUAUUUUGCACACUUUUUGUCUACCUUUUCCCUUAA